AUGGCUUCGAAGAUCAUUGUCCUCGGAGGCAUUAAGGGCCAGCUUCGCGCAGCAUUCACCAAAAUAGCCAAAUUACAAGCGAAACAAAAUUUCUCAUUCGCGAUUAUCGUUGGAAAUCUGUUUUCUGACGGCUCAACAGAGAAUGAGGUAGAAGAGAUUUCUGCCUUGCUGCAGGGUACUUACAAUGUGCCACUACCUACAUACUUUACAAUCGGCGAUCAAGCUCUUCCCGCGCGGAUAGUGGAGAAGAUCGAGGCUGACGAUGAAGUGUGCGAGAAUCUGUAUUUCCUCGGGAAACGAGGUACCCUCAAGACAUCUGAAGGCAUUCGCAUUACUGCGCUAGGUGGUACAUUUGAAGGCGGAGAUUCCAAGUCCAAGCCUGAAAGCAAUGCAAGCGGGAAGUUCCAAACAACGUACCAUGAGUCUGAUGCGCGCGCACUGUAUGGAAUCCACAACACUGAUAUUCUCAUCACGAAUCAAUGGCCGCGAGGAAUCCGCUUUCGAUCCAAAGCCGCCCUUCCAGCGGACCAAAGCCUUCUGCCAACGGAGAUACAGUGCAUUGCGGACGUAUGCGCCUCGCUUAAACCUCGUUAUCACUUCUCGGCCUCAGACGGCUUCUUCUAUGAACGAGAGCCAUUUUUCCACAUGCCAACCGAAGACAACCCCGACGUCAAACCAUUGACUCGCUUCAUUUCUGUUGCCUCUUUCGGUUCUAAGGAGAAGGCGAUGUACGCAUUCUCCCUGGACCCAAAAGCCGCCCACCCAAUCUCAAUUCCAACUGGCGCAACGGCAUCUCCUCUCUCCACACCUCAAACCAAGCGCACCUUUCAAUCCACUCAGAAAGAAUCAUUCCAGCGCUUCGCAAAUGGGGAUGGCAGCGGAGGUUACCGCGAGAAUAAGCGUCAGCAACGUGCGCCUCCUCCAGGUCCUGACCAGUGUUUCUUCUGUCUCUCCAAUGCCAACGUCGCCACUCAUCUCAUAACCUCCAUCGGCAACGAAAGCUAUCUGACAACAGCCAAGGGCCCCCUCCCUCCCGCCAACUUCUUCCCUUCCCUCAACUUCCCCGGACACAUGCUCAUCAUCCCAUUCUCCCAUUCCCCAACUAUCAACUCCAUUCAAGAUCCAGAAUCCCGGUCUUCCACCUGGUCUGAGAUGCAAAAAUACCGCGCCGCCCUCCAAAACGUUGUAUCUGACCGUUCAACCGGCAAGCUAGGCGCCGUUACCUGGGAGGUCAAUCGCGGAAACAACAUUCACACACAUUGGCAAUUCAUGCCCGUGCCCACAGAGUUGAUCCGCGACGGCCUGGUAGAGGCUGCGUUUAAAGUCGAAGCCGAGAACCUGAAAUACCCGCACCUUUCAUCGAUACCAACAGAUGAAUCGAAGGGCGCGGACGAACCAGGUGACUUUUUCAGAGUUUGGAUAUGGAGCUCGGAAGUUUCUGCUGAUUCUGACUCUAAACCUUCUACUGAGAAGAUCCUUUUGCUUGAGUUGACGCCUGACUUUCGCUUUGACCUCCAAUUUGGGCGUCGCGUUAUGGCUAAACUACUUCAGCUGGAUAAGCGUAUGCAUUGGAAGGAUGCAACGCAGUCUAUCAGUGAGGAGGAGACUGAUGCGGAGGCGUUCAAGGAGGCUUUUAAGAAGUAUGAUUUCACUCUGGAGUGA